UGUUUUUUUCAGUUUUUUUUUUAUUUUAUUAAUCACACUUGGACAUUUUAUUAUGCUUCUAAUUUACGGCAUUGCGACUGCGAUUUGUCUACAAUGCGAGCGUCAUAAUUGCGACCAUCCCUUUGGCCUCCGUGGCAACGUUGAAUUGUUAUCAGUUUGAUUGAUUUUUCCCAAUUCAUUUGAAGAAGACGUAAAUUGCUACUGUUUCUUCUAUCGUGUGGAAUUUUCAAAGUGUUGCAUUUUCUUUCAAAGCAAAGUACUAUAAAUUGCAAUCAAGAUGCCGAGACUGGAUUUCUUGCUGCGAAGGCGCGCUGGAAACAAGACGCCGAGUCAGCAGAAGUUGGGCAAGGAAAUGGGAGAAGUGUCGGGAAACGAUGAGUAUGAGAGUUGGAUGAAGUCGCGACAGCUGCAGAGGCCAGAGGAUCAGUUGGAUCUCACGGAAGCGGAGCUGAGUGAGGAGAUCCCCAAGCUGCUGACCACCGAAAAUACCAAUAUUGUGAAGAAUCUCGUCAUCUACAGCUUCAAGGAUGGCGGAUUCGUCAGCGCUCCUUCCAUGGGGAACACCGUGACUCUGUUUCAAUUCGAGGGAUCUUCUCUUCAUGUGGACUCACCAGAAGCAAAGGCACAACUGGCCAGCAUGGGAGAAGAGGAGUGCAAAAACUUUGCAUGUUACUUUUCGACUCUCGAAAAAUCUCUCCCAAAUUCAGAGGUUGAAGAGGAAUCGGAGAAGGUGGAGGAGAAACUUCCGACGCUCGAUCAGGAUAUUCAGGAGGUAGAUAAGGAGGUGGAUCCCGACGGAGAGGGUGCUGAUGGCGAGGCGGCUGAUGAUGAGGUACUUGACGAUGAACCUGGCACAGCUCAAGCUGGUCCCAAGAAAAAGCUCAUCAAUCAGUUUAAUUUUUGCGAAAGAGCAGCGCUGACGUUCAAUAAUCCUUAUCGUACUGUUGAAACGCAAACCAUUCCGCCACCGAGAUCUAAUUUCGGCGGAAAUGUUCUCCAGUGGGUAAUCUAUGAUUCCUAUGCGGAGGAUUAUGCUCAACAGCAGAAGGAGAGGGAAAAGGACACAAAGAAACCCCCACCGAAGAAGGAUGAGUCGAAGAAGAAGGAGGAUAAGACGAAAGCUUCAGAGCAACUCAACAAGAAGUAUCUACAAAGUUGGCAAAUCCUAGAAAGGAUGGUUAAUCAGAAUAUUUACGAUGAAAUUGCUCAAGAUUAUCGCUAUUGGGAAGAUCCGUCUGAUGAAUUCAGAGAAGAAGAGGGCACGCUUUUACCCCUUUGGAAAUUCUCCUAUGAAAAAACGAAGAAGCUCAGUGUCACUGAUCUGUGCUUUAACACGCACUAUUAUGACCUUUACGCUGUGUGUUUCGGAUCCAUGGACUUUGUUAAGCAAUCCGCAGAGGGAUCCGUUUGUCUGUUCACCAUGAAGAAUCCCUCCUUUCCCGACUACCGAAUUUGGACCGAGAGUGGCGUGAUGUGCUGCGAUAUUCACGUGAAGUACCCCUAUCUCCUUGCAAUAGGCAUGUACGACGGCAAUGUCGCUGUGUACAAUCUGCAGGCCAACACCCGAGAGCCCAUGUACAUGUCUCAAGGCGUCAACGGGAAGCACCUCGAGUGUGUGUCAGAGAUCAAAUGGGGUCCGGAUAUGACGGAUGGCGAGCUCAAUUUCUACUCAGCUUCGUCGGAUGGGAGAGUCUUUAAUUGGGUUCUCAUGCAGAAUAAAUUGGCUAUCACUCCUAUCAUGACGCUCUAUCUCGAUCGAGAUCUGGGAGGAUGUCCUGAUGGGACGGACAUAAAACUCAAGGGAUGCGCCACAUGCAUGGUUUUCCAUCCUACAAAUCCUGAGAUUUUUCUUGUAGGAACAGAAGAGGGUCUGAUCUUCAAGUGCAGCACCGCUUACAGUUCUAAAUACCUGAUGACAUAUCAAGCUCACUACUUACCUAUUUAUAAGAUUGAUUUCAACAAAUACAACUCCAAUAUCUUUGCCUCCUGUUCGGGCGAUUGGAGGAUCAAGGUUUGGGAAGACAUGCGAGGCGAACCUCUUUUCAUCUUUGACCUGGCUGCAAGCGUGGGCGAUGUGAAAUGGGCUCCUUAUUCAAGCACCGUCUUCGCAGCUGUCACAACUGAGGGAAAAGUGUUCGUAUUCGACUUGAAUGUGAACAAGUACAAGCCGAUCUGCAUUCAGGCAGUUGUUUCCAAGAAGCGCAACAAACUCACACGAUUGGCUUUCAACCAGAAGUUGCCUUUCAUCAUUGUGGGAGAUGAUAAAGGCACAACGAUUUCCUUGAAAUUAUCCCCGAACCUUCGACUAAAGGUGAAGCCACCGAAGAAGCAACAGUGGAUGGAUCAGGCCACUCUCGAAUCUCAAAAGCUAGAGAAGCUUCUGUCCUUGGUCCGAGAACUGCCAGAAGGUGAGAAAAUCAAAGAUACCGCCACAACAGUUGCUUCUGGACGAAAUUAG